AUGACAAGGUUUAUUGGCUGCAUAGAUCUACACAAUGGGGAAGUUAAACAAAUCGUCGGUGGUACGCUGACUAGCAAAGAGGAGGACGUUCCAAAAACGAAUUUUGUAUCACAACAGCCCUCUUCGUAUUACGCUAAACUUUAUAAAGAUUACAACGUUCAAGGAUGCCAUGUUAUCAAGCUGGGGCCCAACAAUGACGACGCUGCACGCGAGGCCCUCCAAGAAUCACCACGGUUUCUACAAGUGGGCGGAGGAAUUAACGAUGCCAACUGUUUGGAGUGGCUACAAUAUGCGAGUAAAGUGAUUGUCACUAGCUGGCUAUUUACAAAAGAGGGCCAUUUUCAAUUUAAGCGAUUGGAAGCGUUGACAGAGCUAUGCGGGAAGGACCGCAUUGUUGUGGAUUUAAGUUGUAGGAAAACGCAAGAUGGCCAUUGGAUUGUCGCUAUGAACAAAUGGCAAACUCUAACUGAUCUGGAGCUCAAUGCGAAAACGUUCGAAGAACUGAGGGAGUAUACGAACGAGUUUCUGAUUCACGCUGCUGACGUUGAAGGUUUGUGUGGUGGUAUUGAUGAACAAUUGGUCUCUAAAUUAUAUGAGUGGACCAAGAAUUAUGACGACUUGAAAAUCGUCUAUGCCGGUGGGGCCAAAAGUAUUGAUGAUUUGAAAUUGGUCGAUGAACUAAGUCAUGGCAAGGUGGAUUUGACAUUUGGUAGUUCUCUGGAUAUAUUUGGCGGCAAUUUGGUCAAAUUUGAGGAUUGCUGUAAAUGGAAUGAAGCGCAAAGUUAG